AUGUCCAUUCAUUCUAUUGUUAUGGCGCAAUCAGAUAUAGAAGUUGUUCGCCCUCUCGGCAAUCUCGAGAGACUAUACCUUGUCAGAAAUACUUUGCGAUAUAGCGCUAAUGUCUGUACAGCUGUACGUUAUCAAUGUAAAGACUUCUUUUCAUCUGUUCCUAUCAAAUCAUCAACCGGUUUAAAUGACAACAUACGAAAAACACUACGACCGAUGAUCUAUAGCGCAUUGACCGAGCUAAUUCUCAAGGAACCAGCAUUGGCAAUUGGCAUAAGAGACCCAAAAACAAGUCGACCACUCUUUGUUCAUAUUCCUACAAUUUAUUUAUCUCGACAAGUACGUUUUGAUAUAAUACAAUCAGACGAAAAGUUGGAGAAAAUACUGGAAAGAGAACAUGACAAAGUAUUCGACUUGUCGAUUGAGACUACGCUGCUAUGGAGAGUAAUUGUUGGAGUGAAUGUUAAGCGCAACGAUGAGAUAUGUGUCAUAUUUUGUUAUCAUUAUAGUAUGACAGAUGGAAUUGGCUUUCAUAGUUUAAACACACUAUUCUACAAUUCACUGAAUAAUAUAGUUCGCACGCAUAAGAACCUUAACAACAAGAGCUUAUUAAGUAAUAUCUCUUCGAUAGUUAAUGUUCCUUAUGCUCAGAUAUUUAAGCCCUGCGAUGAGCUCCUUGACACAAACGUGUCUGUGAAACUUCUAAUGAAGAAAGUGUUUAGUGAUGCCUUCCUUCCUUCAUUCAUGAAAUCCAAGCCGGACUAUUGCACAGCUAGAGAGGGUCUUGCAAUGGAUAUCAAAGAUUUUCAUACUAAAUUAAAGAUAGUAACGAUCGACUCGGAUCAAGUAAAUCUGCUGCUGUCAAGAUCAAAACAACAAAAAACCACGCUUUAUGCAGUUAUUCAUACAGCUCUCCUGUUUGCGGCUUGCCAUUCUCUCGCCGAUCUAAACGAAGACAAAAUGUUAUAUAAUCUAACACCAAUAUCCAUCAGACUAUGUGCUAAUCCACCUAUAACCGACAAAACUCUGUGUAUAUACAACUUUUCAGUUUCAGUAAAAAAACUCAAUCAAGGAUUUUGGAACGUAUCGAGGAUGUACAAAUCAAAACUUGCAAAAAGUACACAAAAAUCUAUUCAGCGCACUGGGCGUUUAAAAUUUACUUCCAAAGCAGAUGAAAAGUGGGGAAAGUAUUUUAGAAGAAAGAGAAAGCUCAACCCAAUGGGAAGAAAAGAUAUUCCUAAUAUUGGUGUAUGGACGCCACAUGGAGAAAACGAAUCAAAAGAUACGAAUGUAAAAAUAUUGGAUUGCGCAUUUUCUCAAUCACCAGAUGUAGGUGGUCCUGUCGUUGCAGUUAACUUAUUAUCUUACGGUAACGGGUUCAAAUGUACUUUUGUGCAUCAGAAGGGGGUUAUUAAACCGAAAGAAAAAUUUAAUCAAUUUAUUGAUGAGUUUGACAAAAUACUGGCGGUCGUGGCAAAAGAAGGGGAUUGGAAGGGAGAAUAA